AUGAUUCUAUUUUAUUUGUUUGUGCAACUACUGUGUAGAAAGGAUCCAAAACCAACUGUAGUAUGUGAAUUGAAUUUUAGUCACAAUGCAAAAAAAUAAAACACACACACCAAAAUGUCACUGAGAUUUCUUCUCCUCUUCCUCUUUCUCCUCCAUGUCUCCCCCGCAUUUUCAUCACCGGAGCCGAACUACUUCAACUCCCUACUUCCUUCCGACGCAGUUGCGUUACUCUCUUUCAAAUCCACCGCCGAUCUCGACAACAAGCUCUUGUACUCCCUCACAGAGCGUUACGACUACUGCCAAUGGCGCGGAGUCAAAUGCGCACAAGGCCGUAUCGUUCGCCUCGUUCUCUCCGGCGUCGGCCUCCGUGGAUACUUCUCCUCCGCAACUCUUACCCGUCUCGACCAGCUCCGAGUUCUGAGCCUCGAUAACAACUCCCUCUUUGGCCCCGUUCCUGAUCUCUCCCCCCUCGUUAACUUAAAAUCUCUCUUCCUUAGCCGGAACGAGUUCACCGGAGCUUUCCCUCCUUCGAUUCUCUCCCUCCACCGGUUAAUGAUUCUCUCUCUUUCCUAUAACAACUUAACCGGUCAGAUUCCGUAUGAGAUAACCGCUCUUAACCGGUUAACUUCCUUGAAUCUCGAGUUUAACCGCUUUAACGGCACACUCCCGUCGCUUAACCAGCCGUUUCUAACGUCGUUCAACGUUUCCGUUAACAAUCUAACCGGAGUAAUCCCUGAUACUCUAACGCGAUUCGACGCGUCUGCGUUUAGGUCUAACCCUGAGCUCUGCGGAGAGAUCAUCAACAGAGCUUGUCCUUCACGCUCGCCGUUCUCCGAGUCAGAUAACAAGAACGGUGGAGAUGUGGUUACCUCGCCGGUGGUUUCGAGGAAGAAAAGUAAAGAGAAUGGGCUAGUUCUGGGCUUCACCGUUGGUCUAGCGUCGCUUAUCGUCCUUGGUCUCUGCCUCGUCGUCUUCUCUCUAGUGAUGAAGAAAACAAACGAUGGUGAGGUUUACGAACCAAGUCAGAAAGGAGAAGCGUCUUCUUCCUCGCAACAACACCAACAGAAUCAAUCUCUACGAACAGGAACAGUUCGUAUUUCGAAUUCGAAUUCAAAUGAAAAGGAAGAAGAUAAGCUUCGAAUCCCAAACAGUGGUAAUCUGAUUUUCUGCGGAGGAGAAUCGAGUUAUACUCUAGAGCAGCUAAUGAGAGCUUACGCGGAGCUUCUGGGAAGAGGAUCGGUAGGGAUAACGUACAAGGCGGUGUUUGAUAAUCAGCUCAUCGUGACGGUUAAGAGACUAGACGCGGCCAAAACGGCGGUGACAAGCGAAGAAGCGUUGGAGAAUCACAUGGAGGUUGUUGGUGGAUUAAGACACACGAAUCUCGUUCCGAUUAGAGCUUACUUUCAAUCAAACGGAGAGAGGCUCAUCGUCUACGAUUACCAACCUAAUGGUAGCCUCUUCAAUCUCAUUCACGGUUCAAGAUCCUCAAGAGCAAGGCCACUACAUUGGACAUCAUGUCUGAAGAUUGCAGAGGAUGUAGCUCAAGGCUUGUACUACAUUCACCAAACAUCAUCAGCAUUAGUCCAUGGAAACCUUAAAUCAACGAACAUCCUCCUCGGACAUGACUUCGAAGCUUGUUUAACAGAUUACUGCCUCAGCGUCUUGAUAGACUCUUCUUCUUCUUCUUUAGUUUCACCUGAUGAUGCUGACACUUCCUGUUACAAAGCCCCUGAGAUCAGAAAAUCAUCUCGUAGACCCACUUCCAAAUGCGAUGUCUACUCCUUUGGUGUCUUGAUCUUUGAGCUUUUGACUGGUAAGAACGCAUCUAGGCAUCCGUUUAUGGCGCCUCAUGAAAUGCUUGCAUGGGUUAGAGCAAUGAGAGAAGAAGAGGAAGGUGCUGAGGAUAGUAGGCUUGGUAUGAUGACUGAAACAGCUUGUCUUUGCCGUGUGACAUCGCCGGAGCAAAGACCAACGAUGAGGCAAGUGAUUAAGAUGAUUCAGGGAAUUAAAGAGAGUGUUAUGGCUGAAGAAGUGUCUAACUUGUAGGCUUCCCUCCGACUACUUUUCUCAGUGGAGGAGCUGAAUUUAGAAGGAAUAAUAAUACAAGGGCGUAAAAUGUAAUUGUCUUAGGAUGUGGGGUCGGAAUCGUAAUAGCUUUGAAAUUUAGAGAACGAAACUCAAAGAAAUUUGUUUUUUUUUCUUCGUUUUUUCGUGGAUGAUGACUGUGGGUUUAGGUUCCCCCACCUGUCAAGAUAUUUAUGGUCCAUUUCCAAAAUGAGAAAGGCCCAAUUUUGCAAGUA